GCACCCUCCGCUGCCUCCGGAGCCGCUGUCGCUGCCAGCGCCAUCCCCAGCACCCCCCAGUCCCUCAAGCUGACUUAUCCGGAGACAUUGGACCGCAUCAAGGAGGAAUUCCAGUUCCUGCAGAACCAGUACCACAGAGCCGGAGUUCCCCCUGAUCCCCCCUGCUGCUGGCCAGGAUCACCUCCUCCCCUUCCCCGCUCUGCUCGGGAGCAAGGUUUGAAAUACAGCUCGGGCCAUUUGGGAAGCAGAUGCUAGGGAGGGGGUUAAGGCUCCGUGCAGAUUCCUCCCUGACGCCUGGAUCCCUCUGCUGUCCAUCUCCUCUUUAUCAGCCCCUUCCCACCCGCUUUCAGGUGGUUUUCUUGGCUUGCGCUGGGAGACGGGUCUGAAUCUGGGAGCAAGAGGCUGAAGCACGUGGGGCUGGGGGCGACUCGUGCUCUCUCCAGCCCGGGAGAUCUUGUCUGGGGGGGAACAGGGGGUCUCUCCCUUCUGUCUUCCUCCCUCUCUCUCUCUCUUCUCUUUAUUUUUACAGCUUGAAGUUAGAAUGUGAAAAGCUGGCAACAGAAAAAACAGAAAUCCAGCGUCAUUAUGUCAUGUACUACGAGAUGUCCUACGGCCUGAACAUCGAGAUGCACAAACAGACGGAGAUUGCGAAGCGGCUCAACGUGAUCUGCGCCCAGCUCAUCCCGUUCCUCUCUCAGGAGCACCAGCAGCAGGUGGUCCAGGCCGUGGAGCGUGCGAAGCAGGUGACUAUGACCGACCUGAACGCGGCGAUCGGGCACCAGCUUCAGACCCAGCACCUCUCGCACCACGCUCCCCCCAUCCCGCUGACCCCCCACCCCUCUGGGAUGCAGCCCACCGGCCUCGCCGGCAUCGGCAGCGCCUCGGGGCUGCUGGCGCUCUCAGGGGCGCUGGGGGCCCAGGCCCAGCUCCUCGCCAAAGACGACCGAGGAGUCCAUGACACCGAGCCCAGGGAGCGGGACCCCGGCCCCAGCUCCCUGGCGCUGCCCAACGGGGAGCGGGCACGAGCCAUCUCCGAGUACCUGAGCAGCAGCAAGAAGAGGAAGGUGGAGGAGAAGGACUUCGUUACGGACUACGGCAGCGACGCGGACAAAAGCGAAGACAACUUGGUGGUGGAUGAGGACCCCUCUUCCCCGCACAGCGUCCACUCCUACUCGUCCCGGGAGAACGGGGUGGAGAAGGUCCCGCUGGGGAGGAAGGAGGCCGUACCGCUCAGCCCGACCUCCAUGGCCUCCUCCAGCAGCACGUCCCCGUCUCGGAGCAAGGAUGCGCCCGUGGUGGAGAAGGCAGGGACGCCCAGCCUCAAGUCCAGCACCCCCACCUCCCAGGGCGACGCCGCGGCCCCGGGCUCCAGCGGUGCCCAGCAGUUCCGCCCCGCAGCCGCCAAGGCCCCCGUGGACCCGCUGGCCCUGGGCCUGAGGAACCCGCUGGGGGUGCAGAGCCCCUACUCGGCCGCCUUCGGCAUGGCGCACCCCGCCGUCAACGGGGACAUGGCCGGCACCGGCGCCUACGCCAGCCUCCACCUCAUGUCCCCGCAGCUCAACGGGGCUGCGGCCGCCGUGGGAGCCGGCAGCUACGGGCGCUCGCCCCUGGUGGGCUACGACCCGCACCCCCACAUGCGCGUCCCGGGGCUGGCGGCUGGCAUGCAAGUGGGGACCUCGGGGAAACCCGCCUACUCCUUCCACGUCAGCGCCGACGGGCAGAUGCAGCCCGUGCCUUUCCCCCCCGACGCCCUCAUCGGCUCCGGCAUCCCCCGCCACGCGCGGCAGCUCCACACCCUGACCCACGGCGAGGUGGUCUGCGCCGUCACCAUCAGCAACUCCACGCGACACGUCUACACCGGGGGCAAGGGCUGCGUGAAGGUGUGGGACGUGGGGCAGCCGGGCACCAAGACGGCCGUGGCUCAGCUGGACUGUUUGAACCGCGACAACUACAUCCGCUCCUGCAAGCUGCUCCCCGACGGCCGCAGCCUGAUCGUGGGGGGGGAGGCCAGCACCCUCUCCAUCUGGGACCUGGCGGCCCCCACGCCCCGCAUCAAGGCUGAGCUCACCUCCUCUGCCCCCGCCUGCUACGCCCUGGCCAUCAGCCCCGACGCCAAAGUCUGCUUCUCCUGCUGCAGCGACGGCAACAUCGUGGUGUGGGACCUGCAGAACCAGACUCUGGUCAGGCAGUUUCAAGGCCACACGGAUGGUGCCAGCUGCAUCGACAUCUCUAACGAUGGCACCAAGCUGUGGACGGGGGGGUUGGACAACACGGUGCGGUGCUGGGACCUGCGGGAAGGGCGUCAGCUGCAGCAGCACGACUUCAGCUCCCAGAUCUUCUCCCUGGGCUACUGCCCCACGGGAGAGUGGCUGGCGGUGGGCAUGGAGAGCAGCAACGUGGAGAUUCUGCACGUCACCAAACCCGACAAGUACCAGCUGCACCUCCACGAGAGCUGCGUCCUCUCCCUCAAAUUCGCCUCCUGCGGGAAGUGGUUCGUGAGCACGGGGAAGGACAACCUGCUGAACGCCUGGCGGACGCCCUACGGAGCCAGCAUCUUCCAGUCGAAGGAAACCUCCUCCGUUCUCAGCUGCGAUGUCUCCACGGAUGACCAGUUCAUCGUCACUGGCUCAGGGGACAAGAAAGCCACGGUUUAUGAGGUCAUUUACUGAGAGCAAGGGAGAGGUGCCGACUGCGGGGAGGGCCCACGCCACGGGGACGGGUGGACGUCCACGGGGACGGAUGGGUGGCCUCUACCUGCCAAAGAACAGCCCGUGGCCGGGGCGUCGGAGCCGGAGGCGAGCGGCGAGGGGUGGAGGUGGCCCUGGGACCGCGGCCAGGCGUCACGCUGGGCUGGGAGGUGGCGGCUGCUGCUCACAGCGAAUUUCCUGGGGAUUUCUCUCCUUGUUUUGGUCUUUAUUUGUUGGUUUGUUUCUAAAU